ACCGCGCCGACAUGAGGCUGUACGCGCUACUCGCUCUCUGCGUGUACGCACGCGCCGCAACGAUCUCCCUACCCGACAGAAAGAUUGAUGAUCUCGAUAAUGUCGACUUAGAUAACCUCGUAAGUGAACCAGAGCUUGUCGAUCAAGCCAACACAGUCAAGGACAUCGAUAACAGCCUCCGCAACGCUAUCCCUGUGAAAGUGAUCCAGGAUGUCAAGAAAAUAGAUGAAAACUCCAAUGAUUACAUUCCUGAGGGUGACAGCUUCGACGUUAAACGUGCACCGAUCGAUCUCAAAAACCCAGGAUCACCUCAGCGGCAAGAGCAUGAAACCCAAAACCCUGAAAGCUAUUCGGACGCCCAAAAAGCAGUAUUUGCAAUCAAACAAACCAUCGAAGAUACGCAAGAAGUGUUUACACUCGGUUUAAAGGGCAUAUCUGAAAACUUUAACAAUUUAUUCGCAAACAAUGAGAAGCUAUCGACUAUUCAACAAAACAUUAUUAACUUGAAAAGCGCUUUCAACGAGCAAGUCCUAAAAUUAAAUAAUACAAUUAAAUCUUAUAUAAACCCAGAAAAAGUCGAAGAGGCUGAUUCAGAAGUAAAAGCCGUCGAAACGCGCCUGAGAGUGUUGGAAAGUAAUUUUGAAUCGGGAGUACACACGUUAUCUGAAGGAGUUGAACUCCUUGCUAUCAUGAAAGAAGAAGACGAAGCUGCCAAGGCCGAAGCCGAUGCUGCUGGAAAUCCUCAACCUCCCAGCGCAACUCAAGCACCAGUUCCUCAAAAUAAUAAUCCAGUGAUGCAGUUUCUUUACAACUUCCAGCAAGGAAUGGCAAACUCUAUUGCCAACUUGAACAAUGCCGUACAAGGUGUUUUUAAUCCUAAUGCGAAUCAAGGCCAGCCCCAACAGUCAUCUUCUCCACAGGGUGGAAACUUCGUGGGAGGUUUGUUCCAAGGCAUACAAUUGCCAUUUGGACAACAACAACAAGGACAACAGAAUGCUCAAGCGGCACAGGGCCAAGAAAAGCCUCCAGGAACAUCAGCAGAUGAGCCAGCGCAGACAGGUUGGAGGCCGCCAAACAUUAUUCAACAAGUUCAGAAUCAAUGGAACAACCUUGUUAAUGGCGGUCAAAACCCUCAGCAAGCGCAGCAGCAACCUAACCAAAACCCAUUUGGGCAGGCAAUUCAGGGUAUUGUUAGUAUUUUCUCAAGACCAAACGGUAACCAAAAUCAGCAAUCCACUCCACAACCUUCGAAUCAAGCUACUGCUAACAGCGCGGGAUCUGCUGACAAGCCCUCUGCUGAUGUCCCACAGGGGGUCAAUGUAGUUCCAGUUGAUCCAGUGCCCCAACAACCUCAGCCAGCAGUUCCGAUAGCACAACCGCAAGCUGCGCAAGCAGUCCAAACUGCGGCAGUGCAACCAGGCCCCAUUCAGCAAUUAGUCCAAAACAACCCCAUUAUCAAAGGCCUGCAGACGGUAGCUACGCGAAUCACAAAGCCAGACAGACCUAGAGAAUCUAUAAACAAGAACGCAGAUAGCAAGGGACAUGGUGGUUGGGGAGGCGGCGCUGGCAACGCAGGCGAUAAUCCAAACGGCAGCAGGAUAAAAGAAGAAUCGGAGAAAAAUGAGGAGGAUAAAAUCUCAGAAGAGAUCUCGCCAGAGCCCGCCAAGACUGAGUAG